CACAAGCAGCUAAGGUGAAAGAAUUGGAGUUGCUAAGGGCAGAAAUGGAUAAGCUGAAGCAAGAGAGCCAAGCACAAGGAGGAGAGCUAAUCACCAUUAAAAGUAGGGCAAACAUCACAGAAAACCAGGUGGAGGUCCUGAAGAGAGAAGCAGAAGUCAAACGUGUGGCUUUCUCAGCCUCUCUGUCAGGCACAGACGCACAAACUAUUGGACCAUUUGACACAUACAUGCCUCUGGUCUUCAAACAUGUUGUUUCCAAUAUUGGAAAUGCCUAUAAUUCGCACACAGGUUCCUUCACUGCACCAGUAAGAGGAGCGUACCACUUUGAAUUUUACGUAUUUGGACAUCAUUCACAUCCUGCAGGGGCUGUGUUGGUCAAGAAUGGAGAGCACGUCUUUAUUGCAUACGAACAUUCGAGCGGUCCUCAUUCAGUCAGUUCUUCUAAUGGUGUCACAUUGCUAUUAGAGGUAGGAGAUGUGGUGUUUUUGCGACUGUGGAAUGGCGCUUGGAUUUAUGACAAUACAAAUCGGCACAGCACCUUCAGUGGACAUCUGCUUUUCCCCAUGUGAGAAGAAAAACAGCCUAAGAUAUCUGUGCAAGCACACUCUACCAGUGUAUUAGUUACUCUGCAUUUUUUCUAGAUAUGAAGCUGACAGAGCAGCCACAAGUAUGAAUAUGUAAACUAUCAUCAUGUUUUCUUACUUUGUUUAGCCUUUUAUUUAAUUGUUGGCAAAUUUUGUUUUUUAAAAAGAGAGAUUGGGUUAAAUGUUUUCUUUUGCUUCUUCUUCUACUUUUUUAAAAAGCUGAAUAGUAUCAGACCCACUUAAACACAAAUUACGCACAUGUAAAAAUACCUUGUGAUUUAUAAAACCAUGUUAAUAUAGCACGAUCUAUUUCCUUAGAAAGCAAAGACAGAAAGAAAGCUAGACAUUACUGUAACUGUAACUGUUUUAAUCCUUUGCUUGUCAAUUUCCAGUCAAUUAAACAAAUAGCUAACUUUAUUUUUUCAUCUUCAUGAAAAACUCCUGCAAUGUCCCACAGAGUUUACACUUUUGGCUUACACCUGGAUUUCUUACAUCAACACUUGGCUGCCAUUAAGUAUGGCUUCUGUUUUACACCUGCACUACUACAACACAGCACAGACUUCAUCCAACACAUACAUUCCCACCAUUUGAUUGGAAAUAUGGAAAAGCUGUAACUAAUGCGUCACAAACACAUAUUAUUGCCAACUUGUUUGCAGUUUAACUUUCUCCCAAAUGAAAGAGUCUAUUCCAACUAACUUACAACAUUAACAAUGCAGCACCUGCUUAUUUAAAGUUUUUAUGCAACUGACUUUGAUACCGACUGCUUGUAAAUCCAUAGUCUGGCUCUAUUUUCUAUUUCACAGCUCUUAACCUCAUAUUUUUCACUUGGACCUCAAAUCACAGAACACAUUUCUCCUGAAUGUGCCAUUCACCUCUAAUCCCGCUGGACUUGUAUUUAAACUGAGUUAAUGGCUCAAUUAAAACACAU